AUGCCCGUUGUCACACGUGCUGCAGCAGUUCGAUCCCAGUUUACUGGUGAUGAUAAAAAUUUAAAGGAUCCUACAACAUCUAUAGCAUCAUCUACUAAUAAAACAAUUAAAAGAGACCGAGGGCGACCAAAGAAGAAAACACAAGAAGGUACAUCGCAUUUGAAUACUGAUUCUAGUAAAUCAGAAACAACCUCAAUGUCACACCCUCAAUCAACAAUCUCGACAUGUGAAGCUUCUCUCGAAGCUACUGCUCAUCUUGAUGAAGAACCAGUAACUUUGUUAACAUCACCUGCCCCAACAGUAGCAACAGGCAAUACAAGCUUAUUAAAUAAUAAUGAAAUUAGUUUGUCGGAAGACGAGGUUGAUACUUUUAUGAAUGAACUUGUUGUUGAAAGAGAAAUAACCACAGGUAUUUCAAAUCGCAAAUGCGAUAUGGUCUUCAUGAAUGGAUAUAGCUAUUUGCAUAUGAACAUUGUAAAGGAAACCAUUGGCUGGCUUUGUGCUAAGUGUAGUGAAAAUUGUAAAGCAGUUAUUCAUUCAUCGAGAAUAACAGAAUACAGCCUUCAUAAAUUACGUCGAAAAGCUGUACCACCAAUGCUACAUGAUCAAAAGUUUAUCAUGCCGUCUGUUUAUUUGGAAACAUAUUCGAAAGAACCUUUCAUAAUUUAUGAUAAACGAAAAAGUCAGCAUGGUGGACGUUUAAUUAUAUUUUCUUCGCCGGAACAACCCAGGUCGAACAAUCCCAUACUCGGAUCCGGCCAGAUCCGAUCGGAUGCAGCAUCGGAUUUGUUGACCUGGGAACUGAAUGUUUUAUCACAUUCUGAUAUAUUAUUCGCAGACGGUACAUUUCGUGUAUCGCCGCUAUUAUUUGAACAAUUAUAA